GAUUGGCCUGAUCGUUUCAUCUCUCAUACCUGAUUAGCGCUCGAUCAGCGUCUGAUCAUGAACGCAACAGAUUGACAGACAACACAGGAUUAUCUCAGAUACUCACAGUGUCUGAUCUGCUAAAAUGGAUUUUUCCGACACACGUUCUAAUCAGGCUCAGUCUCCGUCUAUGGGCGUUAAUGAAAAUCCAUGAUCUGGAUUUGCAUCAUUUGUUAUUUCACGAAUGCUCCACAUAUCACCGUGGAUGCACUCGGAGCUCCGAAUACCGCGCAAUUAGUCCAAGAGGACAAUGUCGCUGUUUUCACAGCCAGGAAAGAUUUUUUUGCUUUCUGAUCGGGAUAAUCAUUCACUCGGGAUGCUCUACUUCAUCUCUCCGUGUUGAGAUUAUCAGUGUCAUUUGAUGGCAGUUCGUCAAACCAACUGUAUGUCAUAACUUUCUAUGCUAUUGUCCCAACUUCACGUGGGUAGCAUGUGUUGCCCCAUCUAUGGUAUGUUCAUCACGAGAACAAAGACUUUCACGGAUUCGGCUCUGCUGUGAACGCAUAUAAGGACCCUCUUCUAACAUUACAUCUUUAACAUAUUCCCUCGAUGUCAGCAACCCCGGUCAACAAUGGCGGGGAGACCAUGCCCCCUGGUAGCGGCCAAUACGGUAUGAAAUUUGUCCUGACAGGCAAGUAUGCCGCCCUUAGGGACACCGACCCCGGUUCUCCCAUCGUUCAGGCAAGUGAUAGUAGUAGCGAUCAUGCUAAGUGGAACCUUAAAAGGCUCAAAAAUAGUAACAAAUAUACUAUUCAGAGCUCCGCCUGCAGCCACUAUACCCAGGUUGAAGAUGUUUCCGCAGCAGACAUUGGUCACGACGUCCUUUCCAAACCUGAUUCCUUCCAGUGGACCCUCAAGAAGACCAGUACUGAUAGUAACCGAUUUUAUAUUUACUUGGACCCAGCCAAUUCUCCUCUAGGAUGGAACAUUGCCGACGACCAAGAAGGAACCCAUGUGACUUUAGCAAACUCUAUUGAGGUCUCAGCUGAGUGGAUUUUUGAAAAGCGGUAAUGACAGCACGCCGAUUUGAAGGAUGUAUGUAAAUGUUGUAAUCGUGUAAUAUACUGUAUCAGUCACUGGCAUUUUCGUCUGCACAAAUAUGCACCAUUGUCUUGUUUAAAACAAA